UGCUCACUGCGUACACGUGAGUUUACUGUUGAAAUCAUAGCUCCAAAUAAAACAAGACAGCCAGAAAAUGAGUGAACCCGUAGAAAUAGAUCCUGAAAAAAAAAUUGUGGCAUUCCAUCAGAUGAAUCUUGAUGAUCGCUUACUUAAAGCGAUUGCCAAACUGGGAUGGGUGUCACCGACGUUAAUUCAGGAAAAAGGAAUUCCUCUGUUUUUAGAAGGCAAAGACGUUUUGGCAAAAGGCAGAACAGGUUCUGGGAAGACAGCCGUGUUUGCCAUCCCCAUUAUUCAGAACAUUUUGAUAGAAAAACAGACAGCCAAGGAACAAGUCACCCGGGCUUUAAUCCUUGCUCCAACGAAAGAACUUUGCCAACAACUUCACAAAGCUUUCCAAUCAUUUACCACAAGCUGUUCUCGUGACAUCACAUGUGUAAAUGUUGGCUCUCAGACAGCAAUAUCAGGACAAAAAACUCUUCUGGCAGCACAUCCCGACAUAGUUAUUGCAACUCCCUCAACUGUUUUGGUACAUUUGAUCUCAAAAAAGCUUGUAUUGAAAGAAUCCCUUCAAUACCUUGUUAUUGAUGAAGCUGAUCUGGUAUUUUCGUUUGGCUUUGAAGCUGAUUUGAAAAGUGUGCUUGAGUACCUUCCCAAUGACUAUCAAUGUGUGUUGACAUCUGCCACUUUGAGUGAUGACAUUCAGAAUUUGAAAAGUCUAGUUCUUCAUCACCCAGUAAUAUUGAAAUUGGAGGAACCUGAGCUACCACCUGCUUCACAACUAACACAAUACCAGAUCUAUGCCGAAGAAUGGGAUAAAGCAGUCCUUAUCUAUGCCCUAUUCAAAUUAAAUUUAGUACGAGGGAAAACGAUCGUCUUUGUUCGAAACGUUGAUCGAUGCUACAAGUUGAAGUUAUACCUCCAACAGUUUGGAAUCCCGUCAUGUGCUUUGAACGGUGAACUGCCUGUCAACUCCCGUUGCCACAUAGUUCAGCAGUUCAACUCUGGAAUCUACGAUAUUAUUAUUGCGUCAGACGAGUCAACAUUAGAAGAUCCAAAUUAUGCCUCUGUUGACAAGUCAAACAAGGGAAAGCGUAAGAAUGAUAAAGAAUCUGGAGUUGUACGCGGUAUUGACUUUCAGUUCGUUUCGAAUGUCAUAAAUUUCGACUUUCCUCCAGAUGUCGACUCUUACAUUCAUCGAGUGGGUAGAACUGCUCGCGGUAAUAACAAAGGAACUGCACUCUCUUUUGUUAGUGUUAGAGAAAAAUACCUUAUGCAAGCAGUAGAAGAACAUCUCAGUGAUUGGAUUCCUCCCGGUCAGGAAUCGGUCUUCAAGCCAUAUCAGUUCAGAAUGGAAGAGAUUGAAGCUUUCCGUUACCGCUCACAGGACGCAUGGAAAGCUGUUACCCGAAUUGCAGUCCGAGAAGCUCGUUUGGCAGAGAUUAAAUCGGAAAUGAUGCAAUCCAAAAAACUGAGGUCGCACUUUGAAAACAACCCGAAUGACAUGGGAGUUCUGCGCCACGACAAAGCCUUGCAUACAGUUCGCAUACAGGGUCAUCUCAAAGAUGUGCCCGACUACAUAAUCCCACCUACCUUAAGACGACUUGCUAAAGCGAGCGGCAAUAAAGCACGAGGUAAUUCUUCAACCCAUGGUGAAGGAAAAACUGGCAAAAAAGAAAAAACCUUUUUGAAAAGAAAAGAUAACCCUUUGCUUAGCUUUGAAUUUGAGGGAUUUAAAAAGAAAGCAAAGAAGUAAUAAUGACUUUCUUGACUGUAUGAAAUUUGUUUCCAUUCGACAUUACAUUAAAAGAUUCGAUAUGUA